UUACCCCCUUGUUUUUGUGUUUUACGCCGCUCUCUGGUGAAGACCCGUUUGCAAAAGGAGAUAUAGUGGGGAAAGGUGUCGCCACAUCCUCGAUCUGACAUCUACCGCUAAAAUGAGCCCACCAGACACACGCAACACCACAAGCGAAGGGGAGGCUGGUGAACUGAACUACAGCACAGGCUUGCACCCACCUGGUUUCCACACUGACAUCACCAAGCAUCUCGGAGUCCAGAUCACCUUGAUCGCAGCGUAUUCCCUAAUCAUUCUGCUGGGGCUGCUGGGAAACGCUCUUGUCAUCUACAUGAUUAUUCGCUACAGGAACAUGCGAACGGUGACCAACUUCUUCAUAGCUAACCUGGCCCUGGCAGACCUCCUGGUGGACACUCUCUGCUUGCCCUUCACUCUGGUUUACACUCUGCUAGAUGAGUGGAAGUUUGGACUUGUGUUGUGUCACAUGGUGCCAUUCGCCCAGGCCUUGAGUGUGCACGUAUCCAUCCUGACCCUGACUAUCAUCGCUCUGGAGCGAUACCGCUGCAUCGUCUUCCACCUUGGCCGGCGCCUCACGUGGCACUGCAGCUUCCUCAUAAUGGCAUUAACCUGGACUAUGUCUGCUGUCCUGGCAGCUCCCUUGGCCAUCUUCAGAGAGUACCGCCAUGAGGAGAUCCCUUCCAUCAACCUGCGCAUCGCCGUCUGCUCUGAGAAGUGGCCCCACGGGACCAGCAGGGACGGAGUGAUCUACAGCCUCUCCAUGCUGCUCCUACAGUACAUUCUUCCUUUGGCCAUCAUCAGUUACGCGUACAUCUGCAUCUGGGUCAAACUGAAGAAUCACAUCAGCCCGUCCAGCCGCAACGACAGCAUCAACCGCCGCAAAAAGACCACCAAGAUGUUGGCCCUGGUGGUGGUGGUGUUUGCCAUCUGCUGGCUGCCGUUCCACGUGUUUCAGCUGGCCAGUGAUCUGGACCUGGUGCUCAGGUUUAAGGAGUACAAACUGAUAUACACAGUGUUCCACAUUAUAGCCAUGGGUUCGACUUUUACCAACCCUCUCCUGUAUGGGUGGAUGAAUAAAAACUACAGGAAUGGCUUCCUCAUGGUCUUCCGUUGUGAGGAUAAGCCAGAAGCCUUCCACCCCGAGGGCUCGUUCAGGACACGGUCCACAAGAAGGCUGACUCUGAAUGGUCGUAAUGGCGGACAACCUCCCACUGCUGUAUGAGAUUAACACAAUUUAAGAAAAGUCUGAACACACUGACCACACACAUCUGGUUUGUGGUGCUUGUGGUUAAAAAGAAGCCUUUUGACUUUAAUGGCCUGUUCUUGAGUAUCUACUGGACUUGAGAGGGCUCAAAGCUUUGCAUGCCAAUUGCUUUAUGUAAGGCUCUUCUUUCCUUUGUGAAUGGUACUAGUGAUAUACCAUCUGUGGAAGCUUUUCAAAUAUGUGUUUAAAAUGUUUACUUGGCAGUUAAUUAACUAAGUACAAUGUAUAAUGUGUCUACUUGUUGGUAAGUGAUGUCCAAUUAUUUAUGCUCUCCACUGCAUAAAUCGCCUGAGGCUGGUGUUGUGUUUAUUCUUACUAAAGUUGAAUAUUGUGACUGUGUGAACAAGUUUAAUUUUUCACACUUGUUUUUUUACUUGUUGGCAAUUCAAAACAUUUGUAUGAUUUUCUCUCAAUUAAUCCAUAGCUGGGUUUUGGAUGGAUUAAUUCCAAUGACCUCACAGAGUAACAUUCAAUCGUCAUCCAAGGAAACCAAAGGAGGCGAUUAUCUGUCCAACCACAAAGUUAAUUGUGUUGACCUGGCAACCAGCUGUUCAUAAUUAGAUGGGCCAGCAGGACUCUCUGUCCAAAGGAAUGAGAUCGAAAAAGGGAGAGUUCUUGAUAUCGAUAUCAUAUAAUGGGUGCAGCUGCUUUGAGGAUAUGUAAAAAAAAAAAAGGAGGGACGGGGAUUUGGAAGAAGACGAAACAUACAAUUCCAUACUCAGCUGCCAAAGUGCCCUUUGUUGGUGGCUUUUCAAUAAUUAACAAGGGAACAUUAAUCAAUCACUCAACCACAAUAUAUGUGCCUCUGGGAACCGAUAUUGACCCCCCUCUGAACACAUUACUCCCAGAGUUGAGUUUCCCAUCAGGAGAAAUUAUGUUUUGUGUUUCAAAUAAACAGGCUGUGGCUUGGAUAAAGCUAGGAUAAGUGGAUUGAAGGGUGAAGAGUUUGGUAAAAGUCAGAUCCUGUCGGGAGUAUUACAAAAUGUAUUAAACACUGACACCACAUAAAAAAUACUCAAAACUUGUCGGGGUUGUAGUUGGGGUGCAUGUACUCUCCAUACUUAAUGUAAUACAGGAAGAUAAACGUAAACUCACUGAACCUGAAGGCUGGAAAAUCCAUCUACAGACGGACA